AUGGCUGAUGAAAGACCAAAUAUUUCUGUAGAAGAAGGUCAACAAUAUUCAGAAAAUAUUAAUAGGUCUGAUUUUCUUGGUCCUGUGAAUUCGUUUGUUUGCAAACAUUUCAUUAUGAUGAGUGAGAUAAUCGCUUCAAUUAAUGAUAAUGCUGGUAAUUAUCUUGGAGAAGUAUUCAAAAUCAUUUUAUCACAUGAUAGAAAUCUUGAUAAUGAAAUAACUAAGUUACAAGCAUUUGUUGAUAAGUUCGGUAUUAAUCUUUAUAUUUGUAUUAUUGACCGAAAUGAUAAGAUAUUUCACCAUUUAAACAACUCAACUAUAGAAACUAGUCAGCAUCUGCAUCGUGCUUAUGUCGUAUUCGACAAAAGUAAUCAAAAGUUUUAUCCAUUUUAUGUAUGUGAUACGAAUAAAAAAAAUCAUACAAUAUUCUCGGUGAAUGAUACACAUAUUUUAAAACUAUUCGAAGAUUCAGUGAAAGGUUAUAAGUGGCCAGGUGAUUUUGACACAACAAAACAGAUGUCUGACCAAGAUAUACCAAUGGUUGAUCAAGGAAGCGUUCCAACUUCUCAUAUCAACUAUAAUACAGUUAAUCGUGAAAAUCAAUCGGAAAUGAUAUUGAACGCUCCAAGUUUAUGUAAUUCAAUUAUUCAAUAUAUACCACAUUUCAAGAGUUAUACUGCACCUCAAUUCGAUAGUUUAAAAUUUUCCACUAUAACCUCAAAACAUCAACUUCAUGUUUAUGAGUUAAUGUCAUCUACUGAUUCAUUAUCAAAUACAACAAAUAAUAUUCAACAAACAAUCAAAUUACCGAAAUUAAUUUUACUUAAUCAACCAACACGACAUUGGCGUCAUCGUAAUUUAGAAGAAUUACGUAAUAACCAUUGUCCAGCAGUUCACGUUGAAGGAACUGAACAACGCACACCUUUGUUAUUGAAACUUCCAAAUAAUAUAAAAGAAUAUCAACAAGAAUUGUAUCUUGGUGUUCAUGUAGUAACAUUUAAUAAAAAAGAACAUGAUCAAAAAUUUGUUGUACCUAUAAAUAUAUCUGUCAAGGAAGAAUGUAAUUUAAAGACUAAUGAUCUUGAUUAUUUGAUAGUUCUCAAUAACGAAAAUAAUCAUGAUGAAUUCGAUAAAAAAACAAGAGAUGGACUUUCAAAAUGGUUAAUUUUUAUCAAAAUAAAAUCAUCACCAAAGCAUUAA